AAUGACAUGGAUAUAGAAGCGACAUAAAAACAUGGCGUCUGGCGUUUGGCCUUUCUUCUUCGCGCUGUGUCUCACCGCUGGUGUCGCGGUUGCGCUCCUUUACCCGCAUACUCUAGACCAAAUACAGCUUGACGCGAACUUGACGCUGGGCCUGGCCUGCUUCUUCCUGGGCCUCAGCUGCAACGCUGCCAAGCUUGUAGACCUGUUCGGCACGCCCCUGGGGCUAGGGAACCUAGCUUUCAGCUCUUUUAAUGGGACCUUCGUGUGGCCAGCGCUGGGCCUUGCGGCAACAGCAUUGGCGGUGCAGUCGGGGCUGCCGUUUGCGGUGGCGGUGGGGCUGGCACUGUUAGCCGCGUGCCCUGUGGGCGGCCCGUCCAACGCGGUCAACGUCCACAACGCCGGCGGCUCGCUGGAGGCCUCGGUGCUGCUGUGCGCCGUGUUCACGCCGGCAGCGCUGAUCACCUUCCCCUACGCCUUCCACCACUUUGUGCUCUUCCUGCUGGACCAGCCGCUGGUGGACGACGCCAGCCGGGGCGCCGACGCCGCGGCCGCGGCCGCUGAGGCCGAGCUGCGCGCGCACCUGAAGGCGGCGGCAGGGGCGGUGGGCGGCACGGUGACGCCGGCCGUCAUGGCGGCAAUCCGGAACCAUGCGCUGCUCUCCGCCGCGUUGCCCAUCGCCCUGGGGGUGGCGCUGUCUGCCACGGUGCUGCCGCAGCGCCUGGCCGCACAGGCAAAUCGGUUCGGACCCAUGGCGGCGGCGAGCAUGAUUGUGCUCACAUGCGUGCCCAAGACCGCGGCCAACGCGGCUGCGGUGGCGGCCGCCGGCCCUGAGGUGGUGGGCUGGGUGGCGGCGCUGCACGUGGUCGCACUCGUGCUGGGCUAUCUUAUUCCCGCGGGGGUGGGCUCGCCCGCCCGCACCUGCCGCACCUCGGCCUUCCAGACGUCCAUGCGCAACCCGGCCCUGGGCCUGAUGCUGGCGGCGGCACUCUUCGGCGCCACGCCGCACUUCCCACUGGUGGCGGCGCCGUGCAUCAUCAGCAUAUUCAUUCAGAACACGUUGGGCGCCUGGAGCGCGCUGGCCGCUGGACUGCGGGCGAACCUGGGCUCGCCGGAGCGCCUUGCGUCGGAGCAGGGCACGCCGCUGAGCCCGCGCGCGCUCCAAACGCAGUCCAAGGAGUCCAUACUUAAGCAGCCUACCGUCCGGAGGUUGUCCAACCCGCCGACGUUCAAGGACUAUGAUAAAGAGGAUUGACUGCCGCAUGCGGCUGCUGGCAUCCCUGGAUUGCCUGCUGCACCGUGGCACAAGGCGGGGGUUUAGGGUUUAGGGUUGGCAUGUUGAACACUUUCAGCAUCACCACCUUGCGCUUUGUAUACUAGUGACCCAUCAUGGCCCGGCCGACAUGCGCAUGAAGGAGGGCAUUGUGGUGUCACUGGGCUGCCCGUUCGAUCUGGACUAAGGGCGGCAUCGCGAUGUCACUGGGCCGCCCGUUUGGUCUAAACUUGAGGGCGGCAUCAUGCCCAUCAGCAACGUGCGCGAACAAGUCGGACGGCAGGGUGGUAGGGAGGCGGGGCGCCAGGGAGGCGGGGCGGCAGGGUUGUGGGGUUGCGUGUGCGGCUGCUUCUUUACGAGGUUUUGCAUCAACCUGUGCUGCAGCGCGGCUUGAGGUGGUGGGCAUUGCGGUUUGACAUUGUUCCAUACACAUUCUUGAGUGCAUGUGUAGCAGAACUUGCGAUAAGUAUCUUAGUACGGUAUUGUGUGGUAGACAUACCAGUUGUGCUGACUGGAGGCUGACGCACAUGGGGGAGGUGGGGUCUCCGCCACCCGGGACGUGGCAUACGUACUGUUAAGGGGAAGAAGUCAAGGUUGCAGAUAUGGUCCAAGAUUUGAGGGGUAUCCCAGCGUCCGUAUAUGCCCUGGUCCUGAGUCCAGGUGUUUCUUGCUUGUCACAGGGAGGGCUUUAGCACGCGCCACCGGGUGACUGGGUGGCUCACCCGCUAGUACCCCUGGUUGGCAACAGAUGUUUGGGCACGCGCGCCAAACUGGUCUGAUGACACCGCUUGAAGGGGCAUGUAAGGGUGUCAUGGAGGUGAUAUGUGACCACAUUGUGCUUGGUCUAAUGUGGGCGUGGGUGGCUACUGGCCUGGUCGUCGACCAGGUCGCAGCGCAGCCGGGCGUGCUGCGGUGGUGUCAUGCUGCGGAU